AUGUGCCGGAUCUGCUUGCUGGAGGGGCCCGGAGAGGACGAUCCUCUCAUUGCGCCGUGUCAGUGCAAGGGCUCUAUCGAGUAUGUCCACCUGGGAUGCCUCCGGCACUGGAUUCGGGGGCGUCUGAAUCUCUCAGACCGACCGUUGGGCUCGUAUUUCUACAGGCCCUUGACUUGUGAGCUUUGCAAGUCAGUAUAUCCAACAUACAUCCACACCAGCAGCGGCCAAGAGAGAUCGCCGUUGGUUGAAGUGCCAUUUACGCAGCCGCCUUUCAUAGUUCUGGAGAACAUGGUGCGGGAUUCCCAGCAGCAUACAUCCAGAGGUCUGCACGUGAUAUCACUUGCGGAGAAGGAGCUUAAGCUUGGCCGCGGGCACGAGAGCGAUGUGCGCAUUGCGGAUGUCUCGAUCUCUCGCACUCAUGCAACAAUUCGAUUCAGCAAGGGCCACUUCCUCUUGCAAGACAGCUCGUCGAAGUUCGGCACACUGGUCGCCAUGAAAAAGCCCCGGGUGCUGGAGCCAGGCGUUAACAUUUCCAUUCAGAUGGGCCGGACGGUUCUGACACUGUGUGCGCAGCACGAUCCGAACCAGUCAAACUCGGCAUCUUCUUUGAACCAGCUGCCCGUCGGGGGCAGUGCUCAGGACGAGCGAGCCCUGCGGCUGUCCCUGCUGACCCGCGGACAGAGUGAGGGUGGUCAGUCCGGAGGACAGACGGCUCAGAGUGAGGAGCUUCCCGAAGAGUGA